AUGCGUGGUAGCAUCACCAACAAUGCUGGAGAUACGUGCCCAAGCAAACAUGUCGCAGCCUGUGCACCGGUGGGGUUGGUAGAUCAGCUACCCAUGAGGAAUCCUGCACAGUACCCAAGUGGUCUUGGUCAGGCACUAUACUUUUUACGGGAGCUCUACCACGCAAAUAAAUCUAGUCUGUCAUCAUUCUAUCGACCAAGAUCGAUCAGCACAAGUCUAGCCCCUGUGCGCAAACCAGUGGCGUGCUGCAUAUUAGAAAAGGAUACUUGGUACAAUAAUUGCACUGAUGCUGACUUGCCAAAGCAAACAUCUCUGCGCCUCGUCACCGCCGUAUUCGACGCUCUGGCCGAUUCAAGCUCCAUUCCCCCGGAAUUCUGGCCUCAGUUCUCGAGUGGGCACCCGGCGGGGCGAGCGCCGAUGAACCUGUGGGGAACCUUUCCAAAAGCAGGCCAUCAGACACAAUGA